AUGGAACGAUUCGACAAAGUGACUCUUUCCAUCCAUAAUCUGGAACUAGCUGUAGCCAUGCACCACCUUACAACGGCUCUUAAGUCAGGUCUUUUCGUUAACAGCAUCUGCAAAAAACCACCAGCUGACUUGGAUGAAUUAAGGAGCCCGGCUGCAAAGUAUAUACAGAUGGAGGAAUUAGCUGAGUACCGAAAUCAAAUUCGGAUGGACCAAGGGGCCAAUUCAAAAAAUAUAGAUAAGAGAGAAACUUUCAAACCCCGGCAGGAAAAUAAAGAAAGGAGGAGCGCGCUAACACCCCUCGCUCGGGCAGAUAAGAGCAAAUCUUAUCGAUAUCAUCGCAAUAGGGGCCAUACGACGGAGGAGUGCACGACCCUAAAAGAUAAAAUUGAAGAUUUGAUCAAGGACAGACACCUUAGAGGAUUUGUUCAAACAAACCCCACUGGUCAUACCGAAAGGGGGAGAGAUCGAUACCCCAAAGCCUCAAGAAGGUAUAAGGAUAAGCAGCCUGAGCAACAGUGGAGCCGGUCAAGAGAACCUCUUGUAAAACGAUAUAAUGAGCGAGAAAAAUAUCCGAAGAGAGUUAUUAACACCAUAGCUGGUGGGUUUGCAGGUAGAGGACCCACUCAUUCGGCUAGAAAGAGACAUCUCAGGCAGGUCCGCUCUGUUAACAAUGUUUUAUUGGGCAGCAGAAUCCCACCUAUCACAUUCACAGACGAUGACUUUUAA